AUGAUCUCUGAUCUUCCAAAAGAUUUAGAAUCCGAGAUACUCUCUAGGGUUCCUACCAAGUCUCUAGCAAAACUGCAAACCACUUGUAACACUAGACUUGUAGUUUGGAACCCCUGUACAGGUCAAACCCGGUGGAUCAAACCGAGAACUCGUUAUCGGUUUGAUGAUUACUAUGCCCUAGGUUACGUAAACAGCAAGAAAUCAGGCCAUAGCUAUAAAAUCUUAAGGUCUUGCUGUUAUGAAAAGGAUCCGAAACAAUUUGUAUCUGAGUUUGAGAUAUAUGACUUUAGCUCUAAUUCUUGGAGGGUUCUUGAUUACUUAACUCGUGACUAUGGCAUAUUUUCUGGUGGUAUGUCUUUGAAAGGUAAUACAUAUUGGGUUGCUGGAGAUAAAGAAAUGGGCUUUUUCGUGCUGUAUUUUGAUUUCACAAAGGAGAGAUUCGGGCGAUUUCUUCUUCCGUUUCAGAGUUUUAACCCUGAAGAUACCGCGGCUCUAUCAGUUGUUAAGGAAGAAAAACUCGCGGUGUUGCAUCAGAAUAUUCUUGAAUUUUCAAAUGUGAUGAAGAUAUGUUUGUCCAACAAGAUUGGUGAGGCCAUAGAGUUGACUUGGAGCAACUUUGUCUUAACAGUGGAUUAUGAUAGAUUUGAUUUAACAAGUGUGGUGAAUGUGACAAGCUUCUUGUUGGAUGAGGAGAAUAAAGUGGCAGUGUGUUCUGAUAUUGAUAUUGAUGAUGAUGAUGGUAAUAAGACCAGAGUCUACGUUGUUGGAGAGGAUAUAUACAAACAAGUCUAUAUAGAGACUACAAAGGGAUCGUAUUUGAAUUGGCCACUUCUCCUUUGUUAUGUUCCAAGUUUGGUGCACAUUAACAAAAAUACAUCCAAGAGCAAUAGGCAAAAGAAAAGGAAGUCAAGGGACGUUGACAACAACAACAAGAAGUGA